AUGCGUUUCAUGCCCUUCCUUGCCGCCGUUGGCGUUGCCAGCGCAGGUCUCUUUGAGACCCUCGAGAAGAGAGAAGAUACCUGGGGUGGAAGUGUCUCCCUUGGUCCCUCCAAGUCCACCAUCAUCAAUGCAGUCACUACAUUGAUCCCCGGAGCUGCUCCCCCUACCCAGAACGGAGUCCUCUUCCUUUGGCCUGGCAUGUCCAACGGAACCGGCGACCUGGUCCAAACCACCCUCGAGAGCUGGCCCGACAACUCCUGGUGCGGAGCCACCUCCGGCCAGUGGUGUGUGCGCGCCAGUCUCUUCGGCAGCUUCGGCCAGCUUGAUGGCAACAGUGCUGCCGUCAGCGGAACUGACCAGGUCCGCAUCGAAUACAACCUGGAGUCUGACGGGCAGACCUGGAAGCAGACUGUCACCAACGGCCAGAGUGGUGAUCUCCUCUCUUCUUUCUCUCACGCUUCCGGCCCUUACAUGCGCGGAUACGGUACUGGCACUGAGUGCAACGAUGGCUGCUCUGGCACUAUUGCUGCCCAGAAGUACAAGAACACUGUCAUCACUCUUGCUGAGGCUGAUACUACUUUCGGAUCCACCAUUUCCAAGGCUGCUGGUGCCACUUACAGUGGAUUGACCUCUAGCCAGGGUGGUAAGGUCUGGACCAUUGCUGAGAUCAAUGUUCCUGCCAUGGUCUAA